AUGAGAAAACGAAUGUCUGACAUAGUUGCACCACAUAAUCUUGUUGAAGCGUAUAUGACUUUGAUAUUGUGGCCAGUAGAGCACAUAAAUUGGAAUGAAAUUUUAACUCAAACUCUUGAGAUGGCAGAAGAAUGCGUGAAUACAAACUACUAUGAUGUAAAAAGAAUGGCUGAAGCACUUGUUCCCCUUCUCCAGUUAUCUGAUUCACCCUGGAUUGUCAACGUCGCCUCUUUGCUAGGAACGUUGAAGAAUGUUACUGGUGAAUCAGUCAAAGGAGUGCUACUUGAUGUUAAUAGGCUUACCGAAGAGAGAUUGGAUGAGUUAUUGAACAAAUUUCUGAAGGAUUUCAAAGAGGGAUGGUUAGACAAAGAAGGUUGGCCAGUGUAUCAAUCAGCAUACAUAGUCUCAAAAGCAGCUAUGAAUGCUGACACAAGGAUUCUGGCAAAGAAGUGCCCACGUUUCAUGAUAAAUUGUGUCUCCCCAGGCUUUGUCAUGACUGACAUGAAUUGCAAUGUUGGCCUCUUGACUGUUGCUGAAGGAGCUGAAAGCUGCGUGAGGGUGGCCCUACUGCCUCAUGGCGGACCUUCUGCACUUUACUUUUCUCGAAAUCAAGUGACAACCUUUUGA